GCGAAGCCAAGCGACUCGCGAUGGUCCGGACUUAUAACAAAUACGAGGCGUCCAGGACGUUUGGACUGGUGAACUCGGCCUCCUCCAAUGUCUUGUCCGUUGUGGAAGGGGGACGGCGUGGUACAGGAGUUGGACUCGCCGUCGUGGGCGCAUGCGAAGAGGUAUACCAGUGGGAUGUCAAGACCGGAGAAUUGAUAGGCAGAUGGAAGGAUGGCUCGAACAAGGCAAACGUUACGGCAAUUACGAGGAGUGUGGCUGACCCUGAUGUUUACGCCGUAGGUUACGAAGAUGGGACAAUUAGGCUGUGGGAUGCGCGAAUCGGCACGGUGCUGAUUAACUUCGAUGGCCACAAAACCGCGAUUACGACGCUAGCAUUCGACAGUAGCGGUGCGCGUCUAGCCAGCGGCUCAAAGGACACGGACAUUGUGGUGUGGGACUUGGUGGCAGAAGUCGGGUUGUUCAAGCUUCGAGGGCACAAAGAUCAAAUCGUGUCUCUGCAAUGGCUAUAUACAGGGAAAGAGGAUGGGACCAGCGAUGCGGUCAAUGGCUCUCAUCCAGAAAGUGCAUUCAUUCUCUCGGCGAGCAAAGACGCACUAAUCAAGAUCUGGGACAUCUCUUCGCAGCACUGUAUCGAGACACAUGUGGCUCAGACAAACGGCGAAUGCUGGGCUAUGGGCGUGUCGCCCGACAUGAGCGGGUGCAUAACUGCCGGAAGCGAUGGCGAGCUCAAAGUAUGGUCUAUCGACCUCGCAGCUCUGGCUGGCUUUUCGGGCGGCGUCGAAGAGAAGCCCAGACAAUGUCUUAGCGAUAGGGGGAUUUUGCGAAGACAGGGCAGAGACCGUACGACUUCUGUUCAAUUCCAUCCACACGCAGACUACUUCGCUGUCCACGGGGCGGAAAAAGCGGUUGAGAUCUGGAGAAUACGUCCGGACGCAGAGGUACAAAAGAGCCUGGCGAGAAAACGAAGAAGAAAAAGAGAAAAGGCAGCGACUACGGGGGAUGAAGACGUUGAUGACAACGUGACUGCCACCAUCAGCGAUGUCUUCGUGCCGUACACGAUCGUGCGGACUGGUGGCAAGGUCGCAUCUGUAGAUUGGAUCGACGUUCGUUCUCACAAAUCUCUUCAGCUGCUGACUUCGUGUACGAACAACGAAUUGGGUGCCUACGAAAUACCUACUCAUGAAAAGAUUUCAAAGUCCAAGGAAGAGGCCGUCGAGCCCACAAGGACUUACUCAAUAGACCUACCGGGUCAUCGGACGGACGUGCGAGCUCUGGCCUUAAGUUCAGACGACAAGAUGCUGGCUUCAGCGUCAAGUGGAUCCCUUAAGAUUUGGAACGUGAAGACGGGGACGUGUUUAAGGACCUUGGAGUGCGGGUACUCCCUGUGCUGCGCAUUCCUACCCGGAGACCGGAUCGUCGUCGUAGGUACAAAGUCCGGCGACUUGGAGCUGUUCGAUAUCGCGUCUUCUACACUGCUCGAAAGCGUGCCUGCGCACGACGGGGCGGUCAUGGCCUUGCAAAUUCACCCGGACGGACGAUCGCUCGUGAGCGGUAGCGCGGACAAGUCGGCCAAAUUCUGGAAGUUCGAGAUCGUGGAGGAGAACAUACCGGGUACACGAAGGACGACGCCACGACUGAAGCUGGUCCAGACAAGGAUAUUAAAGAUGAACGAUGAUAUUCUGAGCAUAUGCUACACACCAGAUGCGAGGCUGCUGGCCGUCUCGACGCUUGACAAUACCGUCAAGGUCUUCUUCGACGACAGUCUCAAACUCUUUCUUACAUUGUACGGCCACAAGCUGCCCGUGCUAAACAUGUCCGUUUCUUCAGACAGCAAGAUAAUCGCAACCUGUAGCGCGGAUAAGAACGUGCGACUCUGGGGCCUUGAUUUUGGCGACUGUCACAAAGCCUUUUUCGCCCACCAAGACAGCGUCAUGCAAGUCUCUUUUAUACCGCAGCCACCCUCUCGCGAAGAAGGACAUCAUUUCUUCAGCGCGAGUCGAGACCGCUUGAUCAAGUCUUGGGACGGCGACAAGUUCGAGCAAGUCCAGAAGCUGGACGGUCAUCACGGCGAAAUCUGGGCCAUGGUCGUCAGCAAGACGGGCGAUUUUCUCGUCACCGGCUCACACGAUAAGAGUAUACGGAUCUGGAGUUUGACGGACGAGCCCAUCUUCCUGGAGGAAGAGCGAGAGAAGGAAAUGGAGGAGUUGUACGAGAAGACGCUUACAAGCUCGUUGGAGGCGGACGGCGACAUGGCCAACGGGGACGAGGUCGAGGCUACUGCGGCGUCUAAGCAGACGAUGGCCACGCUGACGGCUGGCGAACGAAUAAUGGAGGCUCUUGAACUCGGCAUCGCAGACUUGGAACUCGUCGAAGACUGGCAACGUCGCAAGAAAGCCAAUCCGAAUCUCGCGCCUCCACAGCGCGAUCCCAUGUUCCUCGCGAACAACAACGUCAGCGCCGAACGCUACGUGCUCAACACCAUCCAAAAAAUCCCCGCGUCGCACCUCCAGGACGCGCUUCUCGUCCUGCCCUUCUCCGUCCUCCCGUCGCUCUUCACCUUUAUCUCGAUCUGGAUCACAAGACAAUGGGACAUCACGCUCAGCUGUCGGAUAUUGUUCUUCAUGCUGAAGACACACCAGCGUCAGAUCGUGGCGAGCCGCGAAUUGAAGGGGGUCUUGGAAGGGAUGAGGCGGCAACUGAGGAACUCGUUGGGAGAGGUGAAGGACCUGUUAGGGCUCAAUGGCGCCGCUGUCAAGCUCGUGGAGGAGAGGGUCAAAGAGGGCAGUAUCGUGAGGGUGGAAGACGUUGAGAAGGUAGAAAUGGCAGAGAGCGCGAGGCGAAAGAGGACUUUCGUGGAUGUCUCGUAGACUCACCCCCCC